UCAGCCUCUCCCAUGCAGUAGUCAAGUCAGUUGUGGUUCGGGAGUUGCAGUGACUCAUUUUAUACAAAUUAUUUCAAAAUGUCGUGGCAAAAUUACGUAGACCAGCAGCUUAUGGGCUCUGGACUUGUUGCUAAGGCAGUUAUCGCUGGUCACGAUGGUACAUUAUGGGCCAAAAGUAAUAACAUCGAACCUACUCGGGAAGAGCUAGUUAAGCUGUCUACUAGUUUUUCAGACCAAAGCAAUCUGGCAAUGACAGGAGUUCAUAUAGGUGGUGAAAAGUUCUUCUACCUCUCGGGCACCGACAAGGUUAUCCGAUGCAAGAAAGGAAAGGCCGGAAUGCACUCCAUGAAAACCUUGCAAGCAGUGUUGGUAGCAGUGUUCGAAGAGCCCAUUCAACAUCCCCAGGUGGCAUCUAUUGUAGAGUCACUAGGGGAUUACCUAAUCUCCAUGGCUUACUGAGUGACGGCGGAACAUCUGAAUAUCACCGUUUCUUCACUUGGAAAUUCAUGGCAGUGGAUGACAUGUGAUAUACCAGUGUUGAUCAGUGGAAUUAUGACGGUGACAUGAACCAGACAUGUUCCAUCUUGUUAAACUCUGCUACUCAAUCUGAACAAAUGCAAACAGAAAGAGAUAAAAUAAUGUGUAAGCCCUUGGAUUUUUGGAUAACAGCUGCUGUUUGGGAGAGGCUUGCCUGUGUCACACCAGUGUUGAUGUAUGUAUGUAUUUGACUUUGGCGAGGGUUCUAUGAAGUGGAUAUACUUUUCGCGUUUUAAACACUUUUGUAUAAUAAAUUUUUUCCAUGAACAUAUUAUUGAAGCUUUCUUGUGAAUUAACUUGCACUCUUUAUAAGUGAUUGAUUUUUUCAGCUAAUAGUGAAGUGGCUAGCCUGUGUGUAAUUGCAAGCAUUUAGUGAUAGGGAGGGGGUUGAUUCAACUGUUCCCCUCAUCCUUGUAAUACCUUUUCCUUUCUUAAGGCUUCCUCCUCUCCCAUCACCACCUUUCUUACUCCUGAACCACAUCUCACUCUCCACCACCUUCUCAAUCGGUUCCUCCCACACUCAAACACACCCGUGUGAGUGUCUAGUCUUUGCUAGCCACUGAUCCCUAUGUUGAAUUUUAUAAUUGAAUUUGUUACUUUAAAGAAAUGUUCAAUCAACCAUCUAAAGUGGAAAUGAUUAAAUGGGAUAUGCAUUCCUUAUUUCAACUGGUAUCAUUUAUGUUGAUAUCCAACGAACUAUAUUUUCUAGUAAGAAAACCUAUUCUAGCCUAUAACUGAAUAUUGGGUCCUAAUAUCUAUUACUGUGCAUUUGCUCAGUCUUUAUUAAGUUUUGUUAAUGCCAUUUAUUUCAUUUGAUUAUUUGGGGGGAAUUGAUCUAUCAUAACUCCCACACCUUUUGAGGGAAGUAUUUUGAAAAGUUUUGGGGGGGGAUUCCUGUCAUCAAUUCACAAAGGUCAGCGAUUAUGAACCCGAGGUAAAGGUUCAAUGUGGUCGUAUUCCUGUUCAAAAUACAUCUGGUUCAGAAUCGCUGGUCGCAUCAUUUUUUAACUUAAGGUUCCAGUGCAGCGUUGACCACCCAAGGUCACUGUUGCGGUUUUCGGAGGCACAAAAUUGGCCCAUAUGUGCCCAGGCUUGGUGUUCUGCUGUGUCAGUAGUCAUACUGCUGGCACUCAGUAUUGUACAGCUUCCAUUGCCCCCCAAUAAACACUACUUAAUAA